UUAAUAGAUAAUUCUCCGCACCUCUGGCGGCUGCGGUUUGGGUACGAUACGUUCAUCCUGUCACUGGAGAUGAUCUGUCUGCAAUAACCUAAUUUGUGGUUCAAACAAAACAAAGAUGGAGACUUCACGGAUGACCCUGAACGUCGGUGGCCCGGGCUAUGGCAGUUUGUCCAAUCCCGGGUUUUCGAACAGUGUGGGUGGCACCGAGGCGGCACCGCUGCUGAUCCAAGAGCAUGAGCCGGAAACGCGUCAGGAAUGGCGACCUCUCACCAGGGAGCAGUUGGAAGAUGCAGCAGGAGGCGCGGGAUGGAGAAAGUUUCGCUUUUACCUGGUGUUGCUGUUCUGGCUCUCCUGGGUUGCAUUACUCGCCACGGCUAUCGCCAUCCUCGUGAUGACGCCCAAACCAGUGGCCCAGCCGCUCAAAUGGUGGCAGAAAUCCUUGUUCUACCAACUCCAGCCAGCCCUGGAGUUCGAUGCUACAAUGGAGCGAUCUGGGAACCUCAAUG